AUGAUGCUUACUAGAGGCCGUUCGUGCGUGCUAUGCCAUCAACGCAAAGUCCGUUGUGACCACCAAAAGCCUUGCUCCAACUGUGUCAAGGCUCGGACCGAGUGCAGGGUGGUUCCCUCGGCGCCGCCACGAAGAAGAGCAAGGAAACUACAAAGCCAUGAACUUAUCGAACGUCUACGAAAAUGUGAAACUUUACUGUCUCAACAUGGGAUUGAGUUCGAUCGCGUCGGAGUAAUCGAAGACGUUUCUGCAGUUCCGCGGCGUGCUAUUGAUACUCACCAGUCUCCUUGUCCUGAUGAAGCUUUACCAGACAGUGGCGCUCAACGCCGCAGAGAAAGGUACUAUAAUCUGCCAGGCCACGAGAAACCACUAAUCAUGCAAGAGUCUGCCACAAAUGAGUCUGGCCGCUCGACCAUUCAAAAGUCCUUCGAUGUGAUGUAUGAUAAUACGGAUGGCUUCCCUCUUGUCAUGAGCAGUGCACCACCUUCCGUCACCAGCGUCCAUCCGCCGGCAGUCAAGAUAUUCCAAUUAUGGCAAAUCUUUAUCAACAACGUCGACCCUCUUAUUAAGAUCCUUCAUGUGCCAACUUUUCAGGCGCAAGUCGUUGGCGCCGGCGCUGAUACAACCAAAAUCUCGAAACCUCUCGAAGCUCUCAUGUUCGGGAUAUAUUCCAUGUCUAUACUCUCACUGGCCGAUGAGGAAGCUCACAGAAUGUUUGAUGAGAGCAAGGCUGUUCUUCUGAACAAAUACCGGCGGACAACUCAGCAAGCCUUGGUAAAUGCUGAUUUUAUGAGGUCGAGUGAGCUGAUGGUGCUUCAGGCCUACCUUUUAUACCUCUUCAGCCUGAGAAGCUUCAUGGAUCCGCGAUCUCUUUCCUGCCUCACUGGAAUUGCGGUUCGCAUAGCCACCCGUAUGGGCCUGCAUCGGAAUGAACCCUCUGGCGGCUUGUCGCCAUUUGAAACCGAGCAGCGGAGAAGACUGUGGUGGCAGAUCACCAUCUUUGAUACCCGGAUUGCAGAGAUGACUGGGCUGAUGAAUCCCACGUUUUUAUCCCCAAUCGCAGACUGCCCACUGCCCUUGAAUGUCAACGACGCUGACUUCAGUCCUCAUGCUAAGGCCUUUCCAACCGCCCAUGCCGGCGCAACAGAGACGACCUUCAGUCUCACACGUACCGAACUCACAGUGAAACUGUCACCCAGCGGUACGCGGCAUAGUCGAGACCCACGGGCCGCUGGCCUAACACGCCCGCACGAUCUGGAGGGGUUCUGGGCGUACAUUGAAACCACUUACCUCGAAAAUUGCGAUCCCGCCAUUCCAGUCCAUCUCUUCACACUUCUAAUGACACGUCUGUCACUAUGCAGACUACGCGUGGUCGACUUCAUGUCUCGAGGGCCUUUCACGACCGACCUGGAUAGGACGGAGCGCGGUCAGGUCUUCAACGCCGCUAUUCAAAUGUUAGAACACACGACUGAGAUCUGUACAAACAAAGCCCUUUCAGGCUUUCUUUGGUACCUGUACAUGCAUGUCCCGAUGCCCGGCUACCUUUUCCUUGCGAGUGAGCUCCGACAACGCACUACGGGCGAGCUAUGUGAGCGCGCAUGGAAGGCGCUGCGUAAAUACUUUAAUCAUGUGGAAAUCGGCAGCAAUAUGCAGAGUCCCUUACAUUCUGCCAUCUCAAAUAUGCUUCUCUCGGCGUGGGACGGGCAUGAGGAGGCCGAGCGCCGACAAGGACGCCUGGCACAACCUCCGGAGUUUGUAGUGCCGCUGCGCCAACGUUUUCGCAAGGAGUCUACCGAGGAUCCGCGGACGCAGAACACUUCCACAGCCCAUGAAGGUGACACUGGGGCUAGUCAAAGCACGUGCAGGCAACCGCUCGAAAGCAUGGAUCCGGGUUCUGGAACGAUUCCGGAUGCACAGAGGGGCGAUAUAUGGACUGGGUUGCCUGAGUAUACGGAAAUUGACUGGCGGCAGCUGCUGCAAUAUAGCAUGUUUGAAAGCAUGGAUUAUGGAUCCUAG